UAAUUAUAUAUGGGGUUGGGUAUAGUAUAGCCAAGCCCACAAACACAAAACGCAACGCUGCUCUACCUGGAGCAACGGAGCCCAAAAGGUAACGCUCCUUUUCGAACGGUGCAGACGAGAGUUUGCAAAUCCAUCUCAUCCAACGGCCAGUAUGCCCCCGCCGCUACCCAACAAAUCGACGGCGAAAGCUCUUAACGGAUAAGACGCCAUCGACACACCCUUCAAAGAACCCAGCAAAACCCAGAAGCUGAAAAAAGCUUCUACGGAAGGGCCAGUAAUAAUGGCCACUCUGUCAAUCCGCAUCGCCACAUUCACCGCCGCCUAUUGAUCGGCUACAUUAAAACGAACCCAGUUCAGACUCAAAAUCUGCUGCGUCCAAUGGGUGCAAAACUAAAUAAAAAUUUAUGGGUUUGAGUUAUUUUUAUGAUGGUUUGAUAAAUCGAAUUGAAGUUUUUGGAUUGAAAUAAUUUUUUUAAUCGAAGGAAGGACCCGGAAGGUAUAUUUGGACCGCCGCAGACAGGGCACCUGGCUCGGCUCGAGUUUAAAAGACGGAUAGAGAGGGAUGCAGAGGCUUGAGAAGCAUUCGAGCAACGUUUACGCGAAGAAAAAGAGCGACGCCGAGCUCUUCGCCAAGGAAAUACCCGAUACUCCAGGGGAGUUGAUUGAGUACUUUCUUGACACUGAAGCUCAGGAGAUUGAGUUUAAGAUUGCAAGAUUAAGGCAGCGAUUGGAUGAGGAAUUUUUUUCCCACCUCAAAUUUGAGAUAGGGCAGAUUCGGUUUGCUGUUUCAAAAACCGAGGAUAUGGAGGAUAGACUGAUUGAGCUGGAGGCAUUGCAGAAGGCCUUACAAGAAGGCACAGAAGCAUAUGAUAAAAUGCAAGCUGACCUUAUAGCUGCAAAGAAAAGCCUCACCAACAUUUUGACAUCAAAGGAUAUAAAAGCAACUAUGGUUGAACGCAAUGAACUAAAUAGAUCGUUAUUGACACUUCUUGAUGAAAACAUAGCAAACGCACACAUGGGUAACCAGGUGAGCAUUGUCCUUAAGAGUCAAGAAUAUGUACUUACCUGCAUUCAUGCAUAUAUAGUAUUAAAGUACAAAAGUUUAGGUCUUUCAAAUAUUGUAAUGUACCAUCAGCCACCUGACCACCAUAGGAAAUCUGUGGCAGAGAGUAUAGAAUGCAAAGCAGAGGAAUAAUUAAAUGAUUUACUCUUUAAAUUUUCACCCUUAAGCUAAUUCUAGGAAGGAAAUAAAAGAAAGAGAAAACCAGUUGUCAAGCUGUCAUGCUACUCUCUAGUUGAUAUGAUACUAUUUCCAAUUUUUAGUUCAUCUACCAGAGUUUGGCUUUCAUGUGGUACGUAGCUCAUGGAAAUUCAUCCAUCCUUGACUGCUCAAGUUAAUGAUUUUGCUCAAUCUCAACUGUCUAUUAAAUUAUUUUCCGUAACACUUUUUUUUCAUUUUGGAGCUUUAUUUUUGUCAUCAUUGGUGUGCUUUAACAGUUACUAUAACAGUUGUUGACUGUUUAAGAUUGUGAAUUAGAAUACAAAGAGGCUGAUAUGGCAUCCAUAUAAUAGUUGAAGGCUAUACAAUUCAUAUUUACUUCCCUGUUGGUGAAAUGUGUGAAAACACUCUGCUUUCAUAUCCAUGAAUUACAACAAAACAAUCUCUCUUUUAGUUGCGAUAGGACCUUAUAACUUGCUAUAGUUGCCAAUCAUUUUUUUUUAUCUCUCCUUUUUAUUUUUUCCAUUAUUUUUAUAUGUCACAUUCUGGCUCGUCUUCACUCAGUUUUAUUCUUGGAUCAGCAUUUGUCUUAAGAAAAGAAAAUUAGUGCUUUUGUCUUCCUUUGUAUCUUUAUUCCAUAAUAAGGGUAUAGUAUCCCUUCUUUAUGACCUCUAUAAAAUGUCUGAACUGAUAUUUCUUUGAGUUUUCUCAAAAACCUAAUCUCUGAAUUAAGAUAAGCACUUGUAGUUAUUUGUUCGAAGAAUAACCAAUGACAUAGACCAGAGUUGUUCAUAUCAAAACAUUCAUGCAAUCAUCCCUUUUUGUUUUCUCUAUAUGUCUGUUAUUUUGUAUCCAUUUGUCUAUAUGUCACAUUCUGGCUCGUCUUCACUCAGUUUUAUUCUUGGAUCAGCAUUUGUCUUAAGAAAAGAAAAUUAGUGCUUUUGUCUUCCUUUGUAUCUUUAUUCCAUAAUAAGGGUAUAGUAUCCCUUCUUUAUGACCUCUAUAAAAUGUCUGAACUGAUAUUUCUUUGAGUUUUCUCAAAAACCUAAUCUCUGAAUUAAGAUAAGCACUUGUAGUUAUUUGUUCGAAGAAUAACCAAUGACAUAGACCAGAGUUGUUCAUAUCAAAACAUUCAUGCAAUCAUCCCUUUUUGUUUUCUCUAUAUGUCUGUUAUUUUGUAUCCAUUUGUCUCUUGACUAUCAUCCAAUAUGUUUUCAGUUGAUAUCUUCUGCUGAUUUGGUGUGAACUCUUAGCAACUGUGAAAACUUUAAAAUAUAUAUUUUCACCAUCUAUUUGAACUCUAUUACCAUGCCAGUAAACUGCUUCCAACUCAGACUGAACUCCUAUAAUUUAGGUCAAUCGUUUAUUUUAAACGUGCAGAAACAAGCAGUGGCUUUCAUGGAAAAGGUUCGUGCAGCUGUUCUCAAAUAUUUGAUGGUAUAGUAUACACAUUUCUAAAUGUUGGUAAUAAGUACUGUGUCUUUUUUGAUUGAUUCUUGGUGAGUAUGGUUUUAGCCUUUAUUGUACUGCUCCGCAUUUACAUAGAUCAAUGUGUUGUACUAAGAUCACUGCAGUACUUUAUAUGUACAAAGUCAUGGUUUUGAUUAGAGUUUAUACAAUGAUUUUAUUGUUAAACAACACCAGAAGAUUGAUUCAUCAUUAAAAUGACAGCACAUUUAGAAAAUUAUUGUAACAUUAAAUUAGAAAAUAGAGGAAUGCUAGUAUUUGAUUUGUUAAACCAUGCUAAAAUUACUUGAAGAUGCUAUGUCAAAUGAAUUGAUUAUGAUUUAAAUCAGAGAGUUAUUUGGGAUUUGCAAAUAAUAAACCAAUAAAUAUCUUCACAUUAUAGCAUGGCACAUGAAAAUGAAAAGUCAUGGCAAACUGCACAGUGGUUGCAAAAAUGUAUUAGCUAGUUGCUGUCAUUAGGUGAUUUAUAUGCACGUUUAUGUGGGUCACUUUGGAGUGAACUUGAAAUCUUGCUAGUUAGACUUAGAAAAACAAGAGGUGAAACCCCAGUAUCAUUAUCAUCAUCUAAAGUCAUCUAGAGCCAUCAAUUUAUCAGCUUGUGCAAUAACAUGCUUAGCGUUGUAGUAGGUGCAAGUAUCACGUGCCAAGACUUAAGCUCCAGGCUUGUGCAGCUCUAAGAUCCGGGCAUGCACUCAUCCGGCAUCUUAGAUCAGCCUACCUACC